GUCCGUGCGGUGGAUAAUAAGCUUUACGGCUUGUGGGUAAUGGCUGCUUUCACGUGUGUUGGGGGAGAUGCUGGGUUCGGUCUUUUGGAAGGUCCGGAUGGGCUAAAGCCUCUGCCGCAGUCCUCAGGCCUUCUGAGUGGAGUUCUCUGCUACCCAUGAUGCUUAGAGAAAUUCAGUGAAAUGACUCUUCAAGAACUGGUGCAUCAGGCUGCCUCCAUUUAUUCAGAUAAAAUAGCUGUAUGUUUUGAUGAGUGUAACAGCCAGCCUCCAGUUUAUUAUACCUAUGAAACUGUGGUUACUGUUGCUUCAGAAUUAUCAAAUCUCCUGCAAUUACACUGUGACUUUCAAGGAAUUCGGGAAGUUGGUCUCUACUGCCAUCCUGGGAUAAACUUACCCUCUUGGAUUUUAGGAAUUCUCCAAGUUCCUGCUGCUUAUGCUCCAGUUGAUCCAGAUUCACCACCAGCAUUAUCAACUCAUUUUAUGAAAAAAUGUAAUCUAAGUUAUAUUCUUGUUGAAAAACAGCAAAUUAAUAAAUUCAAAUCUUCCUACGAAACAUUAUUGAAUUAUGAUACACUUAAAGAACAUAAUGACCUAGUACUCUUCAGGCUUCACUGGAAAAAUGUUGAAGUGAGCUUGAUGCUAAAGGACAGAAAACAGCAAUAUGAAAAAGAAAAAGUGACAAACAGCACAAAUUCUGAGAACAGCAAUGAAGAAAAGUCAGAAGAGCACAUGGAUGUGAGGUUAAAGCAUUGCUUGGCCUAUGUUCUCCAUACAUCUGGCACUACAGGGAUACCUAAGAUUGUCAGAGUCCCUCAUGGAUGUAUAGUGCCAAACAUCCAACAUUUUCGGGUACUUUUUGAGGUCACACAGGAAGAUGUUUUGUUUCUUGCUUCACCUCUGACCUUUGAUCCUUCUGUUGUGGAAAUAUUUGUGGCUCUAUCAAGUGGUGCCUGUCUGCUUAUUGUACCAACUUCUGUCAAAGUGCUUCCGUCAAAGUUAGCUGCUGCUCUCUUUUCCCAUCACAGAGUAACUAUUUUACAGGCAACACCAACUUUGCUUAGAAGAUUUGGAUCUCAGCUUAUCAAGUCAACUGUUUUAUCAGCCAGUACUUCUCUUCGAGUAUUAGCCCUUGGCGGUGAAGCGUUUCCAUUAUUGACUGUUCUCAAAAGCUGGAGAGGAGUAGACAAUAAAACACAAAUAUUUAAUAUUUAUGGUAUCACAGAGGUAUCAAGUUGGGCAACUUUUUACAGGAUCCCAGAGAAGUUCCUUAAUUCUACUUUAAAAUGUGAAUUGCCGGUACCACUGGGAUUUCCACUGCUUGGAACAGUAGUUGAAGUCAGAGAUACUAAUGGUUUCACAAUUCAAGAGGGCCAUGGCCAAGUAUUUUUAGGUGGCAGAAAGAGAGUAUGUUUUCUUGAUGAUGAAACGACAGUACCUCUUGGCACAAUGCGAGCCACAGGAGAUUUGGUGAUGGUGAAAGAUGGAGAGAUGUUUUUCUUGGGACGAAAGGACAGUCAGAUCAAACGACAUGGCAAACGUCUUAACAUUGAACUUGUGCAACAGGUUGCUGAAGGACUUCAGCAAGUGGAGUCUUGUGCAGUUACCUGGUAUAAUCAGGAAAAAUUAAUUCUGUUCGUGGUGUCCAAAAAUGAUUUCGUAAAGGAAUACAUCUUUAAAGAACUGCAGAAACAUCUUCCAAAUCAUGCAAUCCCGGAUGAACUCUUGUUGAUUGAAUCUCUACCAUUUACAUCUCAUGGUAAAAUUGAUGUUUUGGAGUUAAACAAGAUAUAUUUAAACUAUUUAAACUUGAAAUCUGAGUGCAAACUCAAUGGAAAAGAGGAACUCUGGGAAAAAUUACAGUAUUUUUGGAAGUCGAUUCUGAAUCUCUCAGAAGAUCCUUUGAAGGUUCCCGAUGAGUCACUCUUCUUAAACAGUGGUGGAGAUUCCUUAAAGUCCGUACGGUUCCUCAAUGAGAUUGAGAAACUAGUUGGCACAUCAGUGCCUGGGCUUCUGGAGAUUAUUCUAAGCAGUUCCAUUUUAGAGAUUUACAAUCACGUCCUUCAGACAGUGUUUCCAGAUGAAGAUCUGGAAUUCAGCAAGAAUCAUGCCACGAAAAGAAAAUUCAGCGACAGUAACCAAGAAGAAACCAGUGGAAAAUCUUUACAUCAGAAAUCUGUCAUGACAUUAAGUUGUGACAAUGAACUAACUGCUUUUACUGCAGUGAGCAGAGGGAGUCAGAUUUUGUCACUGAAUACGAAGUCUUUCACUAGGUUAGGGCUUUGCUCUUCAGCCCAUUCUUCUGAUUUAAUUUCACCGACUAAUACUCAAAAUGUAAAAAGCUUAAAUCCUCCCGCUCUUCUUGGGAAGUCACAAGAUGCAUCCUGUGUUGCAGAAGUUUCUGAAGCAGGAACAUGUGUGGCAGCGGCCAAGAAAAUGGAGCUGCGCGUGAGAUGGAGGUCAGACACCGGCAAAUGUGUGGAUGCUUCCCCGCUGGUCGUAAUCCCUGCUGUCGAGAAGCCCUCCCCAACCGUGUACGUGGGCUCGCAUUCUCACAGAAUGACGGCCCUUGACCUUCACUCUGGCAAGGUGAAGUGGGAGCAGAUUUUGGGAGACCGAAUUGAAUCCUCAGCGUGUGUAUCUAGGUGUGGAAACUUCAUUGUAGUGGGCUGUUAUAAUGGGUUAGUUUAUGUUCUGAAAAGUAAUAGUGGAGAAACACACUGGACGUUUCCUACGGAGGAUGCUGUCAAGAGCUCGGCAGCCGUGGAUCCAACCACAGGGCUCCUCUACAUCGGCUCUCACGACCAGCGCGCAUAUGCUCUGGAUAUUUAUGAAAAGAAGUGUGUUUGGAAGUUACACUGUGGAGGAACUGUCUUGUCUUCCCCUUGUUUGAGCCUGCUUCCACACCACUUAUACGUGGCUACACUGGGAGGACUUUUACUGGCUAUAAAUCCUGCCACUGGGAAGAGAGUUUGGCAAUAUUCCUGUGGAAAACCACUCUUUUCUUCUCCACGGUGUGGCCUGCAGUAUGUUUGUAUUGGCUGCGUGGAUGGGAGUUUACUCUGCUUUACUCACUGUGGAGAACAGGUCUGGCAGUUCUCCACCGGGGAGCCCAUCUUUUCGUCCCCAUGUACCUCAGCAUCAGAGCAAGAAAUAUUUUUUGGUUCCCACGAUUGCUUUAUCUACUGUUGUAAUAUGAAAGGUCAUCUCCAGUGGAAAUUUGAAACAACUUCACGGGUGUAUGCAACACCGUUUGCUUUCCAUCGCCAAGAAGGCAGCAGUGAAAUGUUGCUGGCAGCAGCAUCUACUGAUGGGAAGCUGUGGAUCUUGGACUCUAAGAGUGGACAACUGCAAAGCGUAAGACUUCUGUGAAAAACAAGAUCAGAAUAUACCCAGUGGGUUAAAAACUUAGUCCACGAUGUGAUGUUCCACUUAACCUAUUUACAGUGAGAUUCGUAACAAAGGUUUUCAAAGGUGAAGCUUUUUGUCAAAUUAGGUUCCUUAUUUAUUAGUAUUUUUAAAUGAACAGAAUACCAGUAUUAUAUCUAUAUAUCUGUAUCUUCCUAUAGUAGAGUUUUAAGUUGAUUUACCCUCUUUUUUCCAAUUUUUGACACACAAACCUUAAUAUUUUUGUACCUCUGUUUAUCAGUUUAUUGAUUUUGUGGCCGUAGGUCUUUUUGUUGUUGUUCACUGGCUUGGCGAAAGGGCACACAACAAACACUAGGAAGGGAAAUACCCUAUAUCCUUUCAAUUAUCCUGAUUUCUCAUAAUUUGUAUGGUUUGGGGCUGGAGCUGCUUCUCCAGUCCCAUAGCACUUCGCUCACAGCCACAUUUGCUGGCAUGAAGAUGCCCCCGUGGACCAUCCCUCCUCCUCCUCUUGCACCUGGGCUGAGUCCAUGUUCUGCUUUAGCCAGCAGAAUGCACUGUGGAGGUGACGUUAUUGUCACUUUUGAGCCUCAGCUUUAAGAAGGCCUGGCAGCUUCUGCUUUCACGGAACUCAUGAGCUGCCACAUAGAAAGUCUGGUGGCCAAAUGGAGAGGCUGCGUGGGGAGGGAGAGGCCCUAACACCAUGCUCUACAACCCGAGAAAGCCAGAUCACGGGGACAGGGGACGUCCCAGGCACCGGGCUCCGGCAUUCCAGCCAGCCCCAGCUGGUCAGGCUAUCCUGGUGCCAGACGUUUAAUUCCUCACCCACAGGAUCCCGAGAAAUAAUAAAAUGGCAGUUUUAAGCCACUAAGUUUUAGGGUAGUAUGUUAGGGUAGUAAGUUUUGGGUGGUAGUAGCGAAGAUCACUAGAACAAAACGUAUGUGCUAUUCUUUUUCACAUCACUUAAAUUACUCAAAAGGUGGACAGAUGUCUCAAUUUUCUUUGGAAUUUCAUGAUCUAGUUCAGGUAAUAAAUCAGUUUUUUUUUUUUUUUUUUUGCUACGAUACUGAGAAUUUCGCCCCUCGUGGUAGAAGUCCCUGCUAUUUAGGGCCUAUCGCCUCCCAGACACUUGCUCCCAAGCACUUAACGUAACAGAAAUGGGGGCGCUUGGGUGGCUCAGUGGGUUGAAGCCUCUGCCUUCGGCUCAGGUCAUGAUCCCAGGGUCCUGGGAUCGAGCCCCGCAUCGGGCUCUCUGCUCAGCGGGGAGCCUGCUUCCUCCUCUCUCUGCCUCUCUGCCUACUUGUAAUCUCUGUCUGUCAAAUAAAUAAAAUUUAAACAAAACAAAACAAAACGUAACAGAAAUGUUUCCUAUUGUUUAGCUUCCCUUCAUCUCCAUAGUCAACUGUGGUAUCAGUUUCAUUUGUCCAUUUGUUCUUCAGUAAAGGCCCAAAUAUCAAACAUGCCAGAAUUCUUAGCUGCAAGCUACAGAAGUCAACUUGGGCUAUUUUAAGCAGAAAAUAACCUGGUUUUUUGUUGUUGUUGUUGUUGUUUUUUAAGAUUUUAAUUUAAUUUAUUUGAGAGGAGAGAGAGAGAGAUCACAAGUAGGCAGAGAGGCAGGCGGGGCGGCGGGGAGGGAAGCAGGCUCCCCGCUGAGCAGAGAGCCCGAUGUGGGGCUCGAUCCCAGGACCCUGAGAUCAUGACCUAAGCCGAAGGCAGAGGCUUAACCCACUGAGCCACCCAGGCGCCCCACUUUUUUUUUUUUUUAAUAGUUUAUUUAUUUGAGAGUGUGUGCACGAGAGGGAAAAGCAGACUCCCCACUGAGCAGGAAGACUGGUGCAGGGCUCGAUCCUAGGACCCUGGGAUCAUGACCUGAGCCGAAGGCAGAGGCUUAAAUGACUGAGCCACUCAGGCGCCCCUAAGCAGAAAAGAAUUAUUAAAAAGAAUAUUGGAUAGCUUAGAGAGUUGGGACAAGGACUAGAAGUCUAUAGCCAGGAACAGUGAAUUCCUGAAAUCACCAUGACUUUGGCCUGGGGAAGACACAAGCUGCUGUCCUUGAAGCUCAGAUGCUCAACCCACUGACGCAGACGCCGUCCCGCCGCGGCCGGCCUGCCGCCCACAUGCACAGUCCAGUUACCAGGGCUGAAAGGGUGCUUUGCUAAGCCAUGUGGCAAAGCCUGAGGCAAAAAGAAAAAUCAGAAUACUGACCCCAGUCUUCAUUUAAUAUAGCAAUAAAACCCCCUGUCUUUAUUGAAAAUUUUGAUAUUUGUUCACAAUGGAAUUUGUACUAAUUUUUAAGUAUUCUCUAAGCCCAACAUGGGGCUUGAACUCCCAAGACUGAGUCCCAUGCUCUACCAACUGAGCUAGCAAGUGCGCCAAGUACUAAUUCUUAUUUAAAAACAAAUAUUGUAAUAGAGUAGGGUUUAUCUUAAUCAGCUUUGUGGCCCCCAAGGUGGAAAGCUCGCUCACCUCCCUCAACCAUGCCCCGGUGUGUAGGCCUGUGAGUCAGCAGGUCUGGCCUGGGCCGGAAGCCGCCUUUCCACCAGCUUCCAGCUUCCGCCACCGCAGCAGUUCUGCAGCCCACACACGGAGAAGGAGGCUGCGGGGUAGUAUUUUCUCUGACAUGCAGAGCAUUCAAUUCCAAUUUAGGACUGAAAGAAACAUUUUAUUUGCCCCUAUUCAUUACUUUUCUCUGGGUCACCUAGUAAAAAAUACAAGGUAGCACAUAAAAUGCCUUGACAUGUUUCUUUCUCAACAAAAGUUACAUAAACGUGAGCUUACUUGUAGAUGGUCCCUGAAAUGAGCAAAAACUUCACCUUGGAAAGGAAAUUCCAUCAGUGCUGAAGAUCUUGUAGGUGUUUUUUAUUGAAAGAUCAUUUUCCUUCAAUAAUAGACAUUUUACAUUAAAACUUUAUACAACCAAAAAUCUCAAAAUAAUAUUCAAAUCACACUAAGAUAUUUUUCAUUGUUGUCUCUAAUUUUAUUAUUGGUAAAAAUAUCGCAAGACACGUGUAACUAAUGUUUCUGCUUUAAAAUAAGCAAACUAAAUGUGACAAGAAGAGACAAUGAAUACAUACUAUAAUUUGCUGAUAACUGGCUAAAAUGAUAAUUUAAUAGUAAUGUGUAAGAAACAAUUGCACUUGAAAAAUUAAAAAAGUAAACAAAAAACUCUAUAGUUAUUUAUAUAUAUAUAUAUGUUUAUGAGCAGAGGUUAAUCUGUUACCUUUGCCAAGAGAAGUACGUUUAAGUUAAAAAAAAACAUAUUUAACAUAGCAAUCAUUCAUUUAAAAAAAAAAAAGUUUUUUCUUUUUACAGAAUUUCCCCCAUAGUUCGUUGAUCAGAAAAGACUGCAACACAACUAAAGCAAAAUAACACUUCAUUGGUAUUUAGUGCAAAUUUGGAGCCAUUUUACAUGAAAUAUUAAACAUGGACCCUUUAGAAGUUGCUGGAAGUAAGUGCUGUGACUACCGUCCUCAGUGUACCCUUUUACUUUUGAAGACUUGAAGAGAAACUGUGUAACUGAGGUAUUUUCUCCUACUUUGUGUGUGCUCGGUGCCAUGUGCGCCAGCAGCGGUGGCUCACCUAGGACCCUUCGCCAGUGACCUGCUUCCCCGUCCUCCGCCCUCACUGCGGUGUCCCCCGGAGGUGGCAGGAUGAGAGGAAAAGUUCAGAAGGAUUCUCGCUGCCCUGCAGACCAGGGCUCUAGUGGAAAGACUCCCAUUAGAAAGUGUGUUCUGUCUGUAGUGACACCACUGAGAACGAACAAAUGCCGCCACGUCUGAUUUAGAAAUGAACAUCGGUGUGGAAAACAUGCAGCGGGCUAUUAAUUGCUUCCCAGAGAAAUAAAAGAAAAUUAGUUACACUGAUUCUUAACAGAUGGAAGGUCUGGUCUAUAGAACAUUAAAGCCAACUUGCAAGGGUACAACUGUCCGCUUGACCACACCUGCCCGCUGCUAACCAUGGGGCUGAGCCAUCGUUUCCAGAAAGAAAAUGCCUUCUACAUGGGGAGUGACAGCAACGAUACGUUGCCAGUCAAAUGAGCUCUGCGUAGAGGCAAAUAACGAUGGAUGAUGGUAAGAUGUGUUUUUGCAAGAGAGGAAAAAGGAAUGCAGCUCCCCAUGCACUGGGCGAGAGAGGUGUACUUCUACUGUGGGGCUCGGUUCCGGCCGAGGAGAAUGUGCCACCCCCAUGCGCUGUAACGUCCGUGUUGGCAACGUGUGGCUUUGCUGGUGGGUCUGUGCCUCAUGCUUUUGAACUGCCACGUCCCUUCUCUGGACCACGUGUACGGAUAGCAGCAAGGCCACUGAAGACUCGGAGAUGGUUUUUAAAGGUACCAAGGUGAAUGCUCAAAAUUAUAAAUGCCGUUGAACAGCUGACUGAAUAUGAAUCACUCAACUAUGGUGAAGAAACUUCCACAGAAGUCCUCAGUACAAAGGCUCCAAGUCUUGGCUUCCUGUUAAAUUCUCCCUAAAGACCUAAGGGAUAUUCAGAGACAUUCAACGUCAGUAGCUUCUCCUAUCUUAGAGUAGAAGUCUGGCUUGGGGGAUUGUUUUUUUAUUUUUCCUCUCACUUAUUUGGGUAAAAUGAGCCUCCCCUUCAGAGUUUUAAAAGCUCGAUUACCUUGGAAGCAGUGUAUCCCCCGGUACUCCUUUGGGAUGUGUCAGAAUUCGUCUGCUAGACCUUCCCGGCCUGGACUCCCAGGCUCUAACUCGGAAGGCAGGAGACGGAGCUGGACGCCUUAACCACCGCACUGGGGGAGAUUCUCGGAGCUGGGAAGGCAAUCUGUCGCUUCCUUUCUUCAUGAUCCUAAAUAAAAAUGUUCCCUCGGAGCCACAUGGGCCAAAUGUUUAACACGUCUUUACGGAGAGCACUGGUAUGACAGGACCUAUGGGACAUCAGUGCGGCGGAAGGGUGAGGAGAUGCGCUGUGUCAGGUGCAGAUGAGGGGACGUCAGAAAAGCAGACACGGGCAGAGACGGCAGCCAGGCUGUUAGGAUUCCCAGUUACUCAGUGCACUCGGGAGAACCGGCGUCUUGUUUCUGUCUGUAUGGCCCUUUCUCUCACCAUGAUUGUAGAAAAGGAAAGAAACCACCAAACAUAUGGUAGGGUAAAUGUUCCAGAUUAAAUAAGUUGGAGAACCGAAAAAUCAUUUAAAAGAUUGGCAAAAGUCCUGUUCUAAAUGGUGUGUGCAUGUGUAUGUGUAGAAGGGGCCUAGUAGGCUCUUGUGAAAAAUUCUUAGUUUGGAGAUUCUGCUUCACGUGGUCCCUCGGAUGGAAGUUUCUCUUGAGAACAAGGAGGAGCCCCAGGCACCAGGACCUAGGAUUGUGCAAAUACACUUGACAAGGAAUGCCGCCGAUUCAGUUUCUGCACAUGAUUUUAGAGCCUAUUACACAUGCUGCUUUUCCCUAGUGUGGUGUCUUCACCUCAUAUAAAAAAUAAAUAACAAGGGCAAGAGAGGAGCCAAGAGCUGGCAGAAGUGGAUGAAAGUCGCCCUACUUAAUGAUCUGUGGACAGUCGCUCCAGGCCUUGGCUUUCCUUUUGGCCAAAGCCAGCCAGGCUGGUUCUGUUGACACCGGGGCAGCAUCCGGGGUUGAGAACCUCUUGGUGACUUCUUUCACCAGCGGCGCGGGGGGCGCUGAAUCUGAGAUCUCCACUGGGUUGCGUUUUGAAGGGAAAGGAGAAGCGUAAGUCAGAGCCUCGUUCUGAGGAGUUAGAAGUACAAGAUUCAGAAAGGAAACCCCGUGAGACGCUGGGCAUCUUUAGUGAGAAGGAUUAGGGAAAGCAAGCGAUGUGAUCACAACUACUGCUUACAGAACUAGAGUGCAGCUGCAUUUAAUCUCAGAGUUUCUGGAAGCCUAAUUUUUAUGCACAGAAGCUAUGCCUCCAUGAUAGAAAAUAAAAGGUAAAUGCUAUGAUUCUAGUUAUCCAGCUGGACAGUUCCAUGAAGACAGACAUCCAACCAGUAGCCUGAAUUUAUCUAACUGGUGAGGUCAAAAGCUACCUUCUCCCCCGAGCAGGCCUGGGCUGCCCCCCCGUCCCCCGCCCCCGCCUGCCCACCCGAGGCCCCUACUCCUGCCAGCUCUGACCGCUUCCAGGCUUGUCUCCCAGUUCUUUCUUCACCUGACCUUAAAGGCUUCUUAAGGUGAGGGAUCCGGGCUUAUCUCGGAGUCCUAUUUAGUGCCCGUGGCAAUGGCCUACCCACGGAAAGAAGUCGGGAAAUACUGAUACAAAAGACAAAUAGGUCGGAACAAAUGUUUGCUUCAUUGAGCGGAGCCACUCUGAACUGCAUUAAGUCUCUGGCACUUCCACAGAAGUCACACAGAGAAAGGUGUGAUCCCUGACUUUGGAAUUUUAUUUUGAAAGAGUGAUCCCUGUGAUAACCCAUAUGGUUAGAACCCUCAGGUCCUGGGUGUAAGAUCAAAUGAAAUUACGUCCGUGAAGUUUCUGAGAAAUUACACAGUGCUCCAAAGUGCUCUUCUAAUAUAGUUGUUUUUUUCUCCUCACCAGAACAGUAUAUAGAGCUUCAAGGGCAGGACCUCUGUAUAUCUCCAAACCUGAGCUAGCAGGUGACAGAGGCAUAAAACAGUCCGGGUCUCUGGGUGCUUGCCCAGAAGGGAAAACGGGUGCUCUGCUAACCGCCGGGAGAAAGCUGGCGCCAACUCCUCUCCAUCCUUCAAGUGAUUUGUAACAAGGAAAUAGUUUGAAAUGUUACAGGAUCGCUUUAACAGAAUAAAGAAUUUUUUUAAAAAAUGUC